AUGGAGACUGAAAACCACACAAUGGUGACAGAAUUCAUUAUUUCAGGGUUAACAAAUGACCCUAUACUUUGUUCCAUCCUCUUUGUGGUUUUUCUAGGAAUAUAUGUUGCUACCAUCUUGGGCAAUAUCAGCAUAAUCACGUUAAUCCAAAGAAGCCCUCAGCUUCACACCCCGAUGUACCUUUUCCUGAGUCAUUUGGCCUUUGUGGACAUUGUAUAUUCCACAUCAGUCACACCUAUUAUGAUUGUGAGCUUUCUAAAAGAGAGAACUACUAUCCCUGUCACUGGCUGCAUAGCCCAGCUCUGUUCUGCAGUUACACUUGGGACAACUGAGUGCUUCCUGCUGGCUGCCAUGGCCUAUGAUCGCUAUGUGGCCAUCUGCUCCCCACUGCUCUACUCUACACACAUGUCUCCCAGGGUCUGUAUCAUCCUAUUAGUUGCUUCCUAUCUGGGUGGAUGUGCGAAUGCUUCAACAUUUACAGGCUGCUCAUUGAGUCUGACUUUCUGUGGACCUAAUACAAUCAACCAUUUCUUCUGUGACCUUCUACCCCUAGUGAAGCUUUCUUGUACCCAUAUUUACGUAGCUGAAAUAUUUCCUACCAUCACAGCUGGGUCAAUUGCUGUACUUACACUGUUCAUCAUCAUCAUUUCAUACCUAUACAUCUUCCACUCCAUCCUGAAGAUGCGCUCUACUGGAGGAAGGCACAAGGCCUUCUCCACGUGCACUUCCCACCUUACUACAGUCACUUUGUUUUAUGGGACUGUCACUUUUGUUUAUGUUAUGCCAAAGUCGGGCUGCUCACCUGACCAUAUUAAAGUGGUGUCUGUGUUCUACACGGUGGUGAUCCCCAUGUUGAACCCUCUCAUCUACAGUCUGAGGAACAGAGAUGUGAAGGAGGCCCUGAGAAAAUGGAUGGCGAGAACACAUUGGUCUUGUUGA